UUUCCCUUGCUUUUGCCAUCUCGCCUCUUCUCCCUCCCCCUCUCCCUCUCCCUCUCCCUCGUUCCAUCCGUCCUCGUUGAUUCGCUCGUUCAUGCCAAUCGGCUCCGCUAUGGCGACUGCACCCCGCCACGUCUCGCCCGUUCGUAACCCCCUCCGCCACCGGCCCAGCUCUCCGCUCAAUCCCCUCGCCGCCCGCCUCCACUCUGCCGCCCACAUCCACGCCACUACUGCUACUGCUAUUACCACUGUCGUGUCCACCAGAACACACCUCUCCAACCUCGACCGCCUCCUCCAAAAGAAGCAACCGGUUGCUCCACCACCGCCACCGCAGCCUGCGCCUGACCCCGUCGUCGAAGAUGAUCGCGAUCCCCGUGAUUCGCCUUUCUCCUUUUCCGUGCUCCACCGUACCGGCAGCUGCCUACUGAACGCCCUUAACCUCCCUUCCGCUCUCUUUCUUCCUUCCUCCUCUACCCAGCAGGCCGAAGAAAUUUCUCCCCGCAGCCUCACCCAUCUCCGCCGCCUGCUCUCUAACUCCAACCGCCAAUCUCCCCGCGGCAUCAUCGCCCCCAGAUGGCAUCAGUACCACGGUGCCGCCGACUGGGACGGCCUCCUCGACCCACUCGACCAUGAUCUCCGCCGCGAGCUCAUCCGCUAUGGCGAGUUCGCCCAGGCCACCUACCACGCCUUCCACUCGAACCCCACCGCCGCCCCGCCCGAUCGCCCCCGCGCCGUCGUCCUUCCGGACCGCUCCUACCGCGUCACCCGCAACCUGUUCGCGACCGCCUCGGUGGAGCUGCCCCCGUGGGUCGACACCGUCGCCCCGUGGAUGAUGACCGCCACGCCGACCAGUUGGGUCGGGUACGUUGCUGUCUGCGAUAACGAGCGGGAGAUACAGCGGAUGGGGCGCCGCGACAUCGUCAUCGCGCUCCGCGGCACCUCCACCUGCCUGGAGUGGGCCGAGAACUUCCGCACCUGGCUCGUACCAAUAGACGAGGAGGAGCAGGAGGCCGAGGAGGAGGAAUCCUCGGAGGGGGAGCAGACAGAGAAGCCCCGAGGAACUGUGCCGAAGGUGGAAUGCGGGUUUCGCAGCCUGUUCAAGACGGCGGGGCCAGACGCGCCGAGCCUGUCGUCGAUGGUGGCGGAGGAGGUGCGGAGGCUGAUGGAACAGUACGCAGGGGAGGAGCUGAGCAUCACGGUGGUGGGGCACAGCCUGGGGGCGGCGCUGGCGGUGCUGGUGGCGGACGAGCUGGCGGCGAGCGUGUCGCCGCACGUGCCGACAGCGGUGUUCUCCUUUGGCGGCCCGCGGGUGGGGAACCAGGCGUUCGCGGACCGGGUCGAGCGGCGGGCGGUCAAGGUGCUGCGGGUGGUGAACGCGCACGACCUGGUCACGCGCGUGCCAUGCGUGCUCCCCGCGCGCGCCGACGGCUACGCGCACGUCGGGCGGGAGCUGCGGGUGGACAACCGGAUGUCCCCCUACCUGCGGCCCGACGCCGACGCAGCCUGCUGCCACGACCUGGAGGCCUACCUCCACCUGGUGGACGGCUUCAUGGCCACCAAUUGCCCCUUCCGCUCGGACGCCAAGCGCAGCCUCGCUCGCUUGCUCAGCCAGCAGGGCACCAACGUCAAGGAGCUCUACGUGAGCAAGGCGCGGGACCUCCGGCUCCGGCCGGCCGGCAGCUUCGCCCGCUGCAACUCCGGUCAACUCCCCAGUCCUUCGUCCACCUACUAAGUCCACAGAGGAAAUCAUGCGCUCCUUGGAUCCUCGACUGCCGUCGAAGGACCUCGACAAGCUUCAAGAACUUGGGAGGAUCCGACUACUGACCAACACUAGGGUCAUUCUACUUAAGAAAAGAUUCCGAUUCUUUGAUUUGAUAUAAGAAUUCUUAGUUCUGUAAUCUAAUUAAGAUCUUUUCAAGAAAAGAGAUGAUAUUAAAGCUACAACGAUCAUCAUCGUUCGUGUC